UAUUUUCUCAGAUCAGCUCUUGUGGUCAUUUCUUCUCCUUUUCUGUACCCCUUGUUGUCAUGUGAAGCUGUUUAUGUAGAUGACAUUCCAUCACCACCAAACUGCCUGCAUGGAGCGUUUAUCUACAGCACAAAACCAUUAGCAGGUGUAAAAGGAAUCCAGCUUGAGUAUAAUUCAUUAACAGAUGGAUUCACCGACAUUAUUACUUUCAAGGAUAUCCCAAGUGGAGGGUCAAAUGUAGGAUCUAUUACAAUGUUUGGCCCUGAGCCUUUAUUCGCAGAUGAUCUCGCCCGAUGUGCUGGCGAGAGAAUUGCAGUUGCGGUUGCUGACACUCAGAGGUCUGCUGACGUGGCUGCCACAACAGCCCUUGUUGAAUAUGACACUGUAAAUGUAAAUUCACCCAUUUUAACUGUCGAGGAAGCUGUUGAGAAAUCUAGCUUUUUCCAAAUCCCGCCAUUUCUAUAUCCAAAACAGGUUGGUGAUUUCUCAAAAGGAAUGGCUGAAGCUGAUCACAAGAUUCUCUCUGCUGAGGUAAGACUUGGUUCCGAGUACUAUUUUUAUAUGGAGACACAGACUGCCCUUGCGAUUCCAGAUGAAGACAACUGUAUGGUUGUUUAUACUUCAAGCCAGUGCCCUGAGUAUGCGCAAAAUGUGAUUGCCAGUUGUCUUGGUGUUCCUGAACACAAUAUCCGUGUAAUUACAAGAAGGGUUGGAGGUGGCUUUGGGGGCAAGGCAGUCAGAGCAAUGCCUGUUUCGACAGCCUGUGCACUUGCAGCAUACAAGUUAAGGCGGCCUGUGAGGAUAUAUGUCAACCGGAACAGCGACAUGAUAAUGACAGGAGGAAGACACCCAAUGAAAGUAACAUACAGUGUAGGAUUCAAGUCAAGCGGAAAGAUCACAGCAUUACAUCUUGAUAUAUUGAUAAAUGCUGGGAUUUCGGAAGAUAUAAGCCCCCUCCUACCAUCAAAUGUGAUUAAAGCAAUAAAGAAAUAUGAUUGGGGUGCCUUAUCUUUUGAUGUAAAAGUAUGCAAGACGAAUCUUACCAGCAAAUCAGCUAUGCGGGCCCCUGGGGAGGUGCAAGGAUCUUAUAUUGCCGAAGCUAUAAUAGAGCAUGUAGCGAGUUUACUGUCAAAGGAGGUGGAUUCUGUCAGAAAUAAAAAUGUUCAUACAUUUGAAAGCAUUAACUUAUUCUAUGAUAACAUCGUAACUGAAGUAGGAGAAUAUACGUUGCCUGGUAUCAUGGAUAAGUUGGCUGUGUCCUCGAGCUUUUUCCAACGUAGCAAGAUGGUGGAACAGUUUAACCAGAAAAACACAUGGAAGAAAAAGGGUAUUUCUCGACUGCCAAUAAUAUUUGAAGCUAUGCAACGACCAACCCCAGGAAAAGUCAGUAUCCUGUCGGAUGGAUCAAUUGUUGUAGAGGUUGGAGGGAUUGAAAUUGGCCAAGGGCUAUGGACAAAGGUUAGACAGAUGACUGCAUAUGCUCUUGGUUUAAUUGAAAGUAGUUGGAGCGAAGAACUUGUAGAGAAAGUACGAGUCAUACAAGCAGACAGCUUAAGCUUAGUGCAAGGCGGGUGUACGGCUGGAAGCACUACAUCGGAAUCAAGCUGUGAAGCAGUUAGGCGUUGCUGUAGUGUCUUGGUUGAAAGACUGACUCCUCUGAAGAAACAGUUGCAGGAACAAAAUGGCUCUCUUGAUUGGCCAACGCUCAUUCGCCAGGCACAAAUGCAAGCAGUAAACUUAUCAGCAAGUUCUUAUUAUGUACCAGAAUCCAGUUCCAUGAGUUAUUUGAACUUUGGUGCUGCUGUCAGUGAGGUGGAGAUAGAUAUUCUGACGGGAGAAACUACCAUUUUGCAGUCGGAUAUUAUUUACGAUUGUGGGCAGAGCUUGAAUCCAGCUGUCGAUAUGGGACAGAUUGAAGGGGCUUAUGUACAAGGUAUUGGAUUUUUUAUGCACGAAGAAUAUCUUACAAACGAAGAUGGGUUGAUGGUCUCAAAUAGCACUUGGACAUACAAGAUCCCAACUAUUGACACCAUACCCCGGAAUUUCAACGUUCAUUUGGUAAACAGCGGACAUCAUGAAAAACGGGUUCUCUCUUCCAAAGCAUCUGGUGAACCGCCACUGCUAUUGGCAGCUUCAGUCCAUUGUGCAACAAGAGCAGCCGUUAAAGCAGCAAGAGAACAACUCAAACUUUGGGGCAAGCUCGACGAGUCUGCUUCAGAAUUCUAUCUGGAUGUUCCUGCCAUAUUACCUGUUGUGAAGACGCAGUGUGGUCUGGAUUAUGUGGAGAAAUACUUGCAAAGUUUGCUCACUCAGAAAUCAAACUAAAUCGCGGAAUAUCACACAGUUGGAGACAUUUUCUGUGGUCUGAAUCACAAGGAAAAAGUGCUCAAUAUGUCUCAAAUGAUACUGAAUACUUGUUUUUUCUUCAAAUCUUCUUAAGAAUUUGAACUGUCUGUUUCCAAAAAAUGGAUGAUGAAAGUUUCUUUUGUAAUUCUGUCUAUAACAACCUUAGUGUAAAUUCAGAUUGUAUAGCAGUAAAAAUAAUAUUGUGUAUUCAACUGAAUUAUAAGUUGAAGAAUAGAGAAAUAAAGAGUUCUGUAGUAAAUUUCA